AUGGCACCCCGCGGCACCACUACCGCCGCAGCAGCAGGCAAGAAAAGAGCACGCUCCCAAAACAAAGAUGAGCCAGAACUAUCAUCAACAACAGCCGCGAAAAGAGUACGAGUAUCGAAGGAAUCAACAGCAACAGCAACAAACGGCGCAAAACCCCGUGGGCGUCGCGUGGCACCUGCUCCUGCGGCAGCAAACAACUCCGAUGAGGCUCCCGACUCGGAAGAACCCCAGCCCAAACCUCUCACCGCCACCAAGAAAACACGGCAAUCAUCGGUCAAGAAAAAGAGUAACAUUUACGACUUUCCAGCUUCGGAUGAGGAUGAGUUGAGUUCUGCUGAAGUCACCACCACCACUGUUCCUGCCACAAAGCGCAAGGCAACGGUAAAAUCUGUCACUUCUGCUCCUCGAAAUGAUAAAGAGAAUGUGGAAGAACCGCCAGCGGAGAAGAAAAAACGAGGCCGGCCACCUAACAAGCCAGUCGCGGCGGAACCUGUCGCGGAGCAGGAGGAGGACGAUGUCACCACGACAAAGAAGCUCUCAGGGAAAGCGGCGACGAGCUUACGGGGUGGUGGGAUGCACACGGUUCCAAAGGGGAUACUUACGCCGAGAAAGGAAAAGGGAGUGGAUGGGAAGAGGGGAAAGAAGAAUGUUGUUUUUGCUGCGAAGGAAAAAAAUGAUGAGGAGGAGGAAAGUGAGGAAGAUGAGGAGGGUACUCCGACGAAGAAGACAGGGGAAAAGCAUGGGCUGGGACUUGAUGGCGAAGUUGGGCCCGAGGACGAAAACGAGGCGGAGGAGGAAGAGAGCGAGGAGGAAGAAGAUGAUGAGGUCUGCACUGUUUGCUCGAAACCCGACUCUAAACGUGGAAACCAAAUUCUGUUUUGUGACAGUUGCGACAUGGCUGUUCAUCAGAAGUGUUAUGGCGUUGCGAGGAUUCCCAAGGGAGACUGGUUCUGCAAGGACUGUGCAGAGAAGAAAGCGGCAGGGAUGCUGAGCGUGGGCGAUACAGCAAAGGUUAGGGGGGCUUCAUUCCAAGACAUGAAAGCCGCGACGGUUGCGCAGGUUGCUGAGGAUCUGCCCGAUAUUCCCAAUUUUGAACAGCAUUUGCGUGUGGCACAAAGGGUAUUGCUUGAUCGGUGCUCUGGGAGGCGACGGAUCAAGCUUUUUGGGCAGAACGAAGCGUAUGAGAAAACGUUUCAGCUGGUGGAGCAGACGAUUGUUGCUGGUGAGGGUAACUCAAUGUUGGUCAUUGGUGCGCGGGGGUGUGGCAAGACGACGCUGAUAGAGUCGGUUAUCUCUGAUGUGUCUAAGCAACAUAAGGAGGAGUUUCACGUCGUAAGGCUCAAUGGGUUCAUUCAUACUGAUGAUAAGCUGGCGUUGAGGGAGAUCUGGCGGCAGUUGGGCAAGGAGAUGGCUGUGGAGGAUGAUCUUGUUAACAAGGUAGACACGAUGGCUUCUCUGCUAGCUUUGUUGUCGCAUCCCUCGGAGAUCGCCGAAUCCCACGAAGGCGUCACAUCCAAGUCGAUUGUAUUUGUGAUAGACGAGUUCGAUCUGUUCGCCACACAUGCCAGACAAACGCUUCUGUACAAUCUGUUUGAUAUUGCACAGGCUCGGAAAGCGCCUAUUGCGGUUGUUGGUCUGACGACGAGGAUCGACGUGGUAGAGAGUCUGGAGAAGAGAGUCAAGAGUCGAUUCAGCCACAGAUAUGUCUAUCUGUCAUUGCCAAAGAGUCUUCCCGCAUUCUGGGAUGUAUGCAGGCAAGGACUUAGUAUUGAUGAGGAGGAUAUGGAAGCUGAGGGUGUUGAUGAGUCCCUGGAGGGUCAUGAAGAGUUCUGGAAGUGGUGGAACGAACGGAUCGAGCGUCUCUACAGCAAAGAUCAGAGAUUUAAAGACCACCUCGAGUCAUAUUUUGCUACCACAAAGUCGACCUCUGCUUUCUUGACGACGUGUGUCAUGCCUUUGGCGGGUUUAACACCAACAUCUCCCUUCCCGCGGAUACCAGCACCCAGCAUCGCUGUUUCUUUGGACCCACCGGACUCGAAACUGCACAUGCUGGAAUCACUAUCAGAUCUAGACCUCUCACUCUUAAUCGCAGCGGCGCGCCUGGACAUUGUAGCACAUACGGAUACGGUAAACUUCGCGAUGGCUUACGACGAGUAUUCGUCGCUCAUGAGUAAGCAGCGAGCUCAGACGGCAAGCUCGGGACUUCUCGUUCUUGGAGGCGGAACAAGAGUGUGGGGUCGUGGUAUCGCAGGAAUGGCCUGGGAGCGGCUAGUUGCGCUCGGUCUCCUUGUGCCGGCGGCUUCGGGAGGGAGAGGAACAGCUGGUCUGAGCGGGCUGGACUCCAAGAUGUGGAAGCUGGAUGUCGCACUCGAGGAGAUUCCGGCGGCGGUAAAACUCAAUGCGGUUUUGGCGCGCUGGUGCAAGGAGAUCUGA